UCUGGAGGGGCAGCCCUUGUCCUCCUUCGGGAACCUGCGGCCCGUGCUGGCUGUGGAUGCUCAGACGCUCUUCACAGCCGCGUUUCCCUUUGAGAAGAAUUGCGGCAAUGACAGUGUCUGCCAGGAUGACCUCAGCAUCAGCUUCAGUCUCACCAACCUGCACACCCUGGUGGUGGGUGGUCUCCGGAACUUCAACGUGACGCUGACUGUGAGGAACCAGGGCGAGGACUCCUUUGGGACUCGGGUCGCCUUCUUCUACCCGCCUGGCUUGUCCUAUCGGACGGUGUCAGGGGUGCAGUCCCCGCAGUCAUGGCGAUCCUGGCGCGUGUCCUGUGAUCCCGGCCCCUCCACCCAAACCAGGACCUUGCAGAGCGGCAGCUGCGCCAUAAACCACCCCAUCUUCCCAAGCAACUCAGAGGUCACCUUUAACAUCACAUUGGACGUGGACCCUGAUGCUUCCCUUGGAGACAGACUGCUUCUCAAGGCCAAUGUGACCAGUGAGAACAACUUGCCGAGAACCAACAAAACGGAGUUCCAGCUGGCGCUGCCCGUGAAGUACACGGUCUACAUGGUGGUCGCCAGCCGUGAGGUCUCCACCAAAUAUCUCAACUUCACAGCUUCAAAGAAGACCAGCCACGUCAUAAACCAUCAGUAUCAGUUCAGCAACCUGGGGCAGAGGAGCCCCCCCAUCAGUGUGGUCCUCUGGAUCCCCAUCCGGCUGAACCAGGUGACCGUGUGGGGCGACCCAGACGUCGUCUUCUCCCCGAACCUGAACAGGACAUGCCACCGGGAGGAGAGGGUGCCCCCUCGCUCCAGCUUCCUGGCUGAGCUGAGCAAGGCUCCAGUGCUGAGCUGCUCCAUCGCCAUGUGCCUGAGAAUCCAGUGCGACAUCGCCUCCUUCGGCAGCCAGGAGGAGUUCGGGGUCGCCCUCACCAGCAACCUCUCCUUUGACUGGUACAUCAAGACUCCGCACAACCACCUGCAGGUGGUGAGCACAGCGGAGAUCCUGUUUGAUGACCGGAGGUUUGCCCUGCCCUCAGGUCAGGAGGUGUUGGUCCGGGCCCAGACAGAGACCAAGGUGGAGCCAUAUGAGGUGUACGACCCGGUCCCGCUCAUCGUGGGCAGCUCCGUGGGGGGGCUGGUCCUCCUCGCCCUCAUCACAGCCGCUCUGUACAAGGUACUACUCCCUGGGCGCCCUCUGCCUGCCCCUCCCGCCCCCUCGCUGCUUCCUUCCGGGCUUGACUGCCGCAGUGCAGCCGCUGUGUGA